AUGCCUGGAGGUAACCUGGUCAGGAGCGAGCGGUUUCGGAAGGGUCCCCGGACCCCUCGUACGGCACACGCUAGAUAUUAUUACACCAGAUCUUUGGUGUUAGAAUCUCCUGUUAAGAAGAGACCCCAUACUCCUAGAAUAAGAUGUCAGUCCGCUCCAAAAGUAAUGGAUAGCCACAGUAGAUCGGCAUCGCCGCGGGAGCCCACGAGACCGCAACACAGGCCGCCGUCACCACCCUCCACCCCCUCCGGGUUCGACAACAGUGCUUACCAGCACGACGAGGACGUAGACCCGAACCAUAAUGACUCCUACGCCUCUAACCGACCACAACAGAAUGGACAUACUAAAGAACAUAAUGGAGUCUCCGACACUAAAACUCUUGAAGCGGUGAAUUUAGAACUUAUCAAUCUCACACCGAAAAAUGGCAACGCGAAGAAAAAAGAUGUUGAAGUUGAUAUGAAUACCGCUAAUCCAUACGACGAAUACUUCGUUCCUGUUAAUGAACAUAGGAAAUAUAUGAGAGGCGAGAAGCUAUACGUAACAGCGGACAAAAGAGGAGAGAAAGGUGGCUGCAAGCGACCCCUGUGCUGGACACUGCUGGGGCUCGUCGUAGCAGCUAUCGUGGCCCUCAUCGUGCUAGCAGCCACUGGCAUCCUCUUCGCGAACUCACCGACACCAUUGGAACAAUACAACUCGUCGAUUAGCUCUGCGAGAGCACUAGGUGGCAUUGGCAGCCACCUGCACCCCGGCCACGACCACGAAAACGACCACGAGCACAAUGACGAAGACCACAACGAGUACCCCGACCAAAGCAAAGAAGCCGCCGACCAACACGGACCAGAGGCACAAAGCGAUGAAGUACGAGAACCUUCCAUUGUGUCGGAGGAAUCCAAUCAAAUGUAUGUGUCAAGAACCGUGGAAGGAGAAGUAAAGGUGGAUAACGAGGAAUUCACUCCUGCUCUCCAGGACGUCGAUAGCAACGAGUACAGAGAGUUUGUAAAUACCUUCACUUCAGCGUUGAAACGAGCCAUCUUUGACAAAGAUGUUCUAGAGAACAACGACAAUGAAAUCACAGUCGAGGUUGUACAGCUUAGAGAAGGGUCAAUCAUCGUCACCUACAGAGUCCACUGGAACACUAAAGUUCGCGCUGAAUCUAGCACAACUCCUCCGCCUGAGGAUUUGUUAACCGCUAAUACACUGAAGGCUAUUCUCAACGAUUAUUUAAACAAAAACAACAGAAUGAUCAACAUCUACCACAUCGCUGAUGACAAAAUUGUCACCAGACCUGUACUCGACAUAUGUCAAAUCAAUAAAAACGGCUGCGAAUAUGGCUGUAAGUUCGAUGAAACAUCUCUAGAUUUUAUUUGCACGUGUCCUCCUGGCAAAAUCAUAGAUAUGACAAAUCCUAAAAAAUGCAUGUCAUUCUUUGGAAAUACUGAAACUCGAAGUGAAAGCCAAGAAGGAGUAGAGGUGAAUUCUACAGUAGCGCCUACCUCCAACGAAAGUACUGACACAAAGGCUAAACCUACUGAUGGAGUUAAAGUGCCAGUAGAGUCAGAACAUUCAGCGGAACAACCAGUUCUUUGGCAAGAACCACAUCAUGUAAUGCCAGAAACAACGACUGACGCUGAGACUGAGGUAAGCUUCUCACAAAUCAUUGGCAAUCCAACAGAACAUCCUGACGAACGGAAAACGAAAGAAGAUGAAUCGGAAUUAUCAAAAAAAAAGGAUGAACCUGGACUAAAAGGUUUACCAACGUCUCAAACUGAUAUAGAUCUUCAUUCGACUAUUGAACCUACCGCUGAGCCAGAGCCAAUUGCAGAGCCCAAUUUACGGCCUAACUUUGAGCCCAAACCGAAAAGUGAGAGUACUGAUACAGAAAUAAGCACUAAAAAUGAACCACAAUUUGAGAUAAAGUCAGGGCUUGAAUCAGAUUCAGAUACAAGGUCAGAGCCGGAACCAGAGCCAAAAUCGGAACCCGAAGUAGAGUCAAAGUUGGAACCAGAGUCAAAAUCGGAACCCGAAGUAGAGUCUAAAUUGGAACCAGAGUCAAAAUCAGAACCAGAGCCUACGGAUCAAAGGUCGGAACCACCACUAAUAGCGGAACCUACACCUGAACCGGAACCAAAGCCGACAGCUGAACCUGAGCCAGAGCCGCAUAUAAAAUUAGCAGAUCCAAAACCUGAGCCAGAACCUGAGUCAGAACCGGAGUCAAAGUCUGAGCCAGAACCGGAGUUCAAAUAUGAGCCAGAAUUGGAGUCCAAAUCGGAACCAGAAAUGCAAUCCAAGUCAGGACCAAUGUCGGUAAGGGAACCAGAACUUAGUUUAGAAACAGAAUUACAAACAUCGACGGAAUCAGAAUCAAAAUUAAAACUAGAACUGGAAACAACAACGCUUGGAAGUUCCCAUUACACUAUUAUUCCCACAUUAAUUUCCCCUGAUGAACCACAAUUGACGCUACAACCUGUUGCCGAGAAUGAAUCGACAUCUGACUACCAAACAACACCUAAACCGAAAUCAUUCCAAGAAACUAUUCAUAAUAUUAUCAACAACAUUCAAGACGGUGAACACGAAACUGAUGUGAAACCUUUAAUAAACACAGAACCACAUUCAACCUCAGCAUCGGACUCUAAAUCUGAGGAGGAAUCUAACGAAGACAAAUCAGUAAUGUUUAACAAUGGAGGUAAAUUGGAAUUCAAACCUGAUGAUGCUAUGGACAAGACUACUACUGCAAGAGUUUCCAUAUCUGGCUCAAAUAUAAUAAGUGAUUCAUCUGACGAAGUAAAACCAGACAUCAUUUCAAUCUUAAGUUAUAAUAGACAAUCAUUCAAUCAAAACAGUACUAAAACUAAUGAAGUGUUCACCACUACAGAAUCCAAUGAUUGGCUUGAAGCUCAAGAUCCAACAAAUAUAAAAACUUCAUCAAUAGAAUCGAAUGAUAGUGUUAGCAAUAAUUAUGCGAAUAUCUUAAGUAACAGUGUGAACAAUAUUAUGCAACAAUCAGAACAAAGGUCAUUCAAGUCUUUUGAUGAUGAAGACUUGGUGUUUGAAACCACCACUUCCUUGAUGUUUAAUGAUACAAGUCAUGAUGAUUCAACCACUGAAUACAACUCGACUCUAAAUAAAUCAAUACCUUCAACGCAGGAAACAUUACAAAGGAUCGAAGGCGACAAUAAGGCGACAAGCGUAUCACAAAAUGAAGGCAUGUUUGAAAAUGUAAACACACUCGAAAUGGUUGAAUUAACAACAGCAACUACAACAACAGAGAUGAGCGAAACCACGAACAGUCUUUUCGGAAUCAGAAACCAUGCUCCUAUUGAAUACAGUGAUCCUAUUAAAGACAAUGAAAAAGAAACAACACCAGAAAAUGAGAAGCAAGUCGAAAAUGGUUCUAUGAUCACUUCUAUUUUGCAGGAAGCUAACUCAUUAGAUUCUAAUACACCGGCACCAACUGGAACAACAACACCAGAAAUGGAAACAGAAUUUUCUCUCAAUAAGCAUUAUCAAAACUCCAAAGAAGAAAAGUUAAUAGAUAUUUUGGAACAUAAAGCUACUGUUGUCUCUAAUGAAACCUCGACCGAGCAUGAACCUGAAGAAGGCAUAGACAUUACUUUUGAUUCCAUUAAUAUGCUUUACAACCGCUCAUCCAAAUCUAUUGAAAACUUGGCAAAAAACAAUACAGUAAGUACUAAUACUCAAGAAACGGUAACUUUAUUGAAUGAGGGAACUACUACAACUGACUCUGAUUGGUUGUCAGAACCUGUGACAGAAAUGAACUACGAUGAUAUAAUGAAUAAAAUUGGAAAUCGAGAUACUACAGAAUCUAGUGCAAGUAAACUAGACGAUGUAAUUCACAACGGCCUCGCUAAAGAUGACUUUGAACCUGACUACCUCAAUAAUAUGGGUUCAAAUAAUAAACAGGAUGAUGAACCGCUAUAUAGCAUGGUCCACGAUUACGACAAUGAAGACAGCCGUUUCAAGAGAGUUAAUAAAGAAGUAUCAAAUGAAAAAAGUUCAAUUCUCAUAACUACAUCAGAUUUAAUACCUACUCCAAGUGUACAUAUGGAAACGACAACGGUAAGUGAGUAUAUUUACAAAAUAUCGGAGGAAAGGUCAAAAUUACCACAAAUAAGUCUCCUAAUGCUUAAUGAAACUAAUAUAAACUAUCCAUCAUCUUCGUCCCCGGCUGUUACUGCUGCACCAGCCCCAGUUUGGGAAGAGUCUGUAACGGAAAACACUCUCGGAGUAAAAGAAAUGUCCGAACCAGUUGAGUCAACAAGUCGAGUUGUGGACCUGAUGGAGUCUGAUCAUCAUGUAAGGAUUGAUGAAAUUCAACUGCCUACAACUACUAUUUCACCUACCACUACAAUACAAGUAAAUGAAAAUAUUGAAAAUCCAAAUAUCACUGAAAUUGUUAGUUCUGAUAUCUCUAAUAGUGAACUUCAAAAUACCACUCAAGGAAAUAACUUUAACGUAACUAUUUAUGAAAUAUCGAGUCAGAACGAUAACAAGUCUUCGGUCACAAAAACUUCUACUGUUCAAUCAGCAGAGUAUGAUGAUCACGAGACCGAAAUGAAUCCCUUUUUACCAGAAGUUGAAAAUAAUAAAAUCUUGGUAAAAAAACUUCAAGAAGGCCAUGACCUUGAACCGAUUAACUUGAACGAAACUCAAAAUGAAAACAUAGAAGAACACAUUCUCACAUCCACGGAGGGACAAGCUACAAAUAAAGAUACUUCAAAUAUCCCCUUCACUACUUCUGAAAUGAAGGAGACUCAAAAUGUUAUAGUAACCACAGAAGAAACUUAUUUCCAUAAACAUGCAAAUGAGAGUUCUCUUGAAAACAUUAAUGAUGCCAGAAACGUGACAAUGGAUUCUAAUAUUGCGCUUAGAACAAAAGAAAACGAAACGGUACCUAUUUCAACAUUUUUAUUAGAUACUGACGAUCUGGUUACUACUAAAGAAGUGUCAACAACUUUAAGUAGUAGUCAUUUGGACAACCAGCCAGUUGCUACAACAUCGAUACCUGUCGUGCCCGUCAAUGAAAGCGAGUUCCUCAGAGUCGUACCUAUUACCGAAGAAGAAAAAGAAUUGCCUACUGGUGAUGGUGAAAAAAAUGAAAGCUUCAAUGAUAUAACAGAAAGUGAUUUGCCAAAAAGUGAUAAAAGGACAUUAGAUGCUAACAAAUUUGAUGCAGUAAACGUUAAUGAAGCGUAA